AUGCACCCCACACCAUUAACCCAUUUUAACUAUGAUGUUAUUUAUUUUCCAUUAUUUAUAGCAAAACUAAGUAGUAAUCGAGAUUUACUAACACUUAAUGAUUCAUCAUUAUCGAAUGAUCAUGUCAGUACUACACGUUCAUUGAGUCUAUUGCGUACAGAACAUAUUUUUUUUCCACCAACCCUAAGUAAAUCAUAUUAUGAACAACAUUCCUUGUCACAAAAAUUCAAACAACAAAAUGAUUUACAAAUACAACAGCAAGAGGAUCAACAAUAUUUCGUUGGAAGUAAAAGGAAAACGAAAAUUUCCAAUGGUUUACGUAUUGAAGCUGAAACUGCAUUACACUUAGCGUUACGUUUGAUUGUCGAAAAUAAAUUAGAUAAAGCGCGAAGAUUAUUUGAACAUUCAUUAACAUUAGAUCCACUCAACAGUGAAAUAUUGGUAGAAUAUGGACAAUUCCUUGAAAGACAUCAUAACGAUUUAUUACAGGCUGAACAUUAUUAUACUCGUGCUUUGACAACUCAUCCUACACAUCGUCGUGCAUUAGAAAAUAAACGUCGUUGUCUACCGUUAGUAGAAGAAAUUGAUCAAAAAACAUUUCAAUUUAUUGAUCAAUUGUUAGCAGAAUUUUAUCGUAUACCGGAUACUAAUCCAUAUUUGAGACGAGCAAAACGAGAUGCCUAUUAUUUACAUAUUUAUCAUUCAAAUGCUAUUGAAGGUAAUACACUGAAUUUACGUGAAACACGUCAUAUUGUCGAAACUCGUAUGGCUGUUGGCGGUAAAAGUUUACAAGAACAACAAGAAGUUUUAGGAUUAGAUUUAGCUUUACAAUAUGUUAAUUGUACUUUGGUGAAUCGUUUGGGAGCGAUUACGAAACAAGAUAUUUUAGAAAUACAUCGACGAGUUUUAGGCUUUGUUGAUCCAGUGGAAGCCGGCAAAUUACGUCAACAUCAAGUUUUUGUUGGAUCAUUUACACCACCAAAAUACACGGAAGUUGAGCUGUAUUUAGACGAUCUUUUAAAAUGGUUAAACUCUGAUGUAGACACUCAUGAUUUACAUGCCAUUGAACUCGCUGCACUCGUCCACUAUCGUUUUGUUUACAUUCAUCCAUUUAUUGAUGGUAAUGGUCGAACUGGUCGUCUACUCAUGAAUCUGAUCUUGAUGAGAUCUGGUUUUCCACCUGUAAUCAUCAAAAAAUCUGAACGUUUAGUUUACUACGCUUAUUUGGAUUUGGCUAAUGAUGGCGAUAUUCGACCGUUUAUUCGUUUUAUAGCAAAAUGUACCGAGCGGACAUUGAAUGAAUUUAUUCGAUAUUCCCAUCCAACCAAAGGACAAGGUGUUUCAACACAAGAAUUAUUGUUGAAUGAGGAUAGUUUUGACGACGAUUUGGGCUUAGAUUCGACUGAAGAAAGAGUCAUUGUAGUUUAG